AUGGCUGCAAACCCAGCAGUCUACGUUCUUGACCCCUAUCAUGAAGAUGCUAUUGCCCUACUCAAGGCUACCGACUGGAUUGAUCUAGUUCUGCCAAAUGAUCCACGCAAAGCGGAUUGGCAUCAACAUGCCGUCGGUGUGAUCCUCCGAUCAGAUACUCGCCUGACUGAUGCCGACUUCAGGGCGGCAAGCCAGCUGCGUGUUGUGGUCAAGCAAGGCGUUGGCGUCGAUAACAUUGAUCUCAAAGCCGCCAAGGCCGCUGGCGUUGCAGUGCACAACACACCGGCACUCAACAGUGAGUCGGUCGCGGAAUUCUCUCUGGCAUUGGCUCUAUCGCUUAGCCGGCGUGUGACUGAGGUCGAUCGCCGAGUGCGAAAAGGAGAGAAGAUCGUGCGAAGUACGACCCUCGGCUUGAGCCUUUUCCAAAAGACUGUUGGGGUCAUAGGGAUGGGCAACAUCGGAAAGAUUGCUGCAAAGAAGUGGAUUGGAGCAUGCGAUGCGAAGGUCAUAGGGUACGAUCCUGCUGCACCACAGGGUGUCUGGAAUCAGGGGGAGAUUCCUCAUGUGAGAGUCAACACUGUGGAUGAGCUCCUGAAGAUAUCAGAUGUCAUUACGCUUCACGUUCCCCUUCUAGACAGUACAAGAGGUAUGAUAGGUGCACGGGAGUUUGGCCUUAUGAAGGACAAAGCGAUUCUUAUUAAUGCUGCUCGGGGUGGUGUGGUCGAUGAAAAGGCAUUGCUACAAGAGCUACGGAAGAAGAGGCUAUGGGGUGCCGUACUGGAUGCUAUGGAGGUCGAACCGCCGACGCUUGAAGCAUACGGCGACUUUUUAGAGUUGGACAAUGUCAUCAUGACACCGCAUAUUGGAGCAUCUACAAUAGAAAACCAGAGCAACAGUGGCUUGGCGGUGGUGAAGUCGCUAUUGGCAGUCCUAGAAGGAAAGACUGACGUGCCCGGCAAAUUGGUCUAA